AAAAAUAACAUGGUAGGUACUCGUUAUCCUGUUGCGUUUCUAACCUGAAAGCCACUGGUUUGCGAGAGAUAGCUUUGAUUUUGUCUGAAGAAUCAAGAAGAUGCCCACUUUAAAUCUCUUCACUAAUAUACCAGUCGACGCCGUCACAUGCUCCGACAUACUCAAGGACGCUACUAAGGCCGUCGCUAAGAUCAUCGGCAAACCUGAAUCCUAUGUAAUGAUACUGCUUAAUAGCGGAGUGCCUAUUGCAUUUGCUGGUACCGAGGAACCAGCUGCGUAUGGAGAACUGAUAUCUAUCGGAGGAUUGGGACCAGCCGUUAACGGAAAGCUUAGCGAGACGAUAUCCGAGAUUCUUCAUAUCAAGCUCUCUAUAGAUAGCUCCCGCUUUUAUAUCAAAUUCUACGAUUCCCCGCGACCCUUCUUUGGAUUCAACGGAUCAACUUUCUAAAACUCCGGAGUCAAAGCCAGGACGAAAGAGGCGAAUUCAACCUUGUAUAUCAUGAGCUUGAUUUAUACAAUUUCACAUUCCUUAAAGCCAAAUAUAAUCUUCAUGUUUUCAUUGGCUUUUCGGACUAGUUGUUACUUCUGAUAUGAUCUCAAUCUCAUUAUCUGGGACUAGUAGAUCAGGGGCUUUAAUAUUUCCUAUCAUAAUCUGUCAAUAUAAUUUAUUCACGUUCAUUCUAUUUAUAAAGAU